AGUUAUCUGGGUUUGUUUUGAGAUGUAAAGUAUUUUUUCAUUUUAAGAACCAAAGGCCGAGUAUAAACUUUGUUGCAAGCACUCUUUGAAGUUUUGGUUGAAACUUGAAAGUCAGAACUUAAUUUUUUUUUUCCCUGAGACCCAGUUAACUUAAAGCUACGUUUAGCUUUGGAAUUGUUCAAUAGAUUUCUGUAAAAUAUAAAUUGUAUAUAUGGUUUAACUAAGUUACGUUAACUUUGACAUCCUCAUUCCUUAUUUUUUAUUUUACUUUGAUUAGAAAGUUUUAUGAUGAUGUGCAAAUGCCAUCAAUUUGUUUUAUGUCUAUGCUUCAUUGUGACAAAUAGAAGUACACCUGUGAAAGUAUUGAUGUAGCUAUAACAUUGCUACUUCUUUUAAGAAUUCCUCAUUUAUUUGGCACCUGAGAGAGCUUGCUGACUAUUGUCUUCAACAGUUGUAGUUAUCUACGAUCCUCUUUUGAAUCAUUCUGCCCAUCAACUAACAUUUGGGCUCUUUAGGUGAGGCCUUCUUUGUCUAAACUUGUCUUUCAUAGGACCUGGGUCUAGCGAUUGACAUCCAGUGCUGAAUUCGUUUUUGGUCCUUUUGGUCUUAGAACGUGCAUUACAAGCACCUGUUUCUUAGUGAAGAAAAUGUUCCAGUGAUGGAUGGUGAAGAUUGCAUGAAUAUUCACACACACUACCAAUUUGGUACUGUUUGUGAUCUUUCAAGUGUGUCAACAAUUGCUUUAGGCUUUUGUGGUCUUCUGAUUCCUCUGUGAUUUUUGGUAACAAAAUGUUGAAACCUCAGAAGAAGUUUCAUAAGUGGAAUUAGUAUGUUAGACUCCUCCAUUGAAACAAUUGACACUGCAGCUAAGAUCCGGAGUGGCUCAUGGACUGGUUCUCAUCUGGCUCUGCGGACAUUGGUCACAUGUACAUGUUGGUAAAAGAGCAAGUAGCAGCAUCAUAGAACUUAAUAGGCGCCAUGAUCGUUCGGCUACUGCUGAGAUUAGAAUGUUUCCUCGCCAGUUUCUCCCAGCAAUGGAGAAACUAUAGGGGUCAUAGAAAGUAAUAUUGCAUCUUUUUACAAGGCAUUCAAAAUUUGACACUGGCCUUUCUUUUUUAACAGUGACAAGUGUAUAGAUCCGGAAGACAGAAGCUAUCUCGGAGCAGGAAGACUCGAGAGAUGCAUAUGAAUGUAGCUUGACAGCUGAAUAUGACCGCAUCUGCUGCUGAUCCGUGGCGAGGCAAGCGACACUUACAAUAAUGAUCCACUGAAUCUCCCAGCGGCAACUGUUCUAACUUCAUCAAUGAACCUUGUUACGCAAGCGUCAUGAAGCUUAUUCAAAUCCUACUUGCUUCAGCAGCAAGAGGGACGGAGGGUGGUAUCAGGUUUUGACAUACUCCCACCUGAUGGUUUGUUUUGUCAAUGCAGAAACAGAUUCUCCUCUUGGGCCUCUUUGAUCACACUCUACAGCUGCAUCCCUGCUCGGGCUGGUCGCCCCAAACUCCCCUGUAUCGGGUUCGACGAUGCUGUCCGCCCUGUGAUCCCUCUGUCGUUCUGUUGAUGGCAUAAUCGGGAUCAGGUGGAGGGGAAGGGUUCCAAGGCGUUGCCACUGCGACAGGAUCGAGACGUUUGACCAGUCAAUUAUGCUGCAGUGGGGUUGCUGAUGGGCCCGCGUAUAUCAGACAUCUUCUCGGCUCCUGCUGUAUCUAUCAGCAGUGCUUCAGAGCCGAAGACGAUCUAAAUCAUUGUGCCACUGCAGUCAGUCAACGGUCAACAACCUGACAGUAACGGAACGAAGGCCACGUCUGGUCGCCAUCAUCAACGCAAUAAGGAAGCUGAUCUCCUGAUCAUCAACAGUGCUGUUCAAUACGACUGGAAGCUGGUGUCCUCAGACGAGAUUAUUGUCGAGUCAACUCCAUGGAGCGAUGAUGGCAUGUGAGAUCAAGACUUGAGAGAGAGAGAGAGAGAGAGAGCAUAAAGCGCAAGGAUCUGAAGGAAGUGUUUGUGCGCUUGUGAAUUCUCUUAAACUAGACAGCUACUCACAAGUUUUCUGAUGCACCGUACAUUGCUAUCAGUCUAUCAUCUACCCUUCUUCAUUCCCCACCCUUUUUGUGUGCACGUAGGGGCAUUUGGGGGAGGAAAGUUCUGAUAUGAAUGGGUUCUUGGUGAUGGAAACAGUACUCUGAUGGCGAGGCUAUUUUGCAGCAGAAAGAAAGCUCUCUCACAGCGAUCACUGUUGUGGUCUCAGUGAGCGUGGAAAGAUAGGACGGCUCUACGGCCUAUGCCGUUCCUUUGCCAUGUAGCGUGUCCUCACCUCCGUUGUCUUUGCUCGCAGCUCAUGCCGACGAUACCCUUCCCUGACUGCUUGGCUGAGUGUACAAAUAUUCUCUAAUUCCAUCAUGAUUUCAUAUUAAUUUAUGGUCUUAUCUUUACUCUCAGAAAAAAAAUUAAGUUCUAAGAGUUCAGGAUAUAGAAGUCAGAUUCAGUGGUGUUCGUCAAUUCUGUGGGCUGAUGUAAAUUUCCCUUCCGGCUACUUUACACACGUAGAGAUCCACUUUAUUGGAAUGCGAAGUAUGAGGUCGCAAGCAAGAGAUACUGGAUGAAGCAUUGGCAGAUCUUGAAGAGUUUUGACUUCACUUGCGCUCUCCUGCCGUCAGCUUCCUCGCUUCCUAGUAUUCUAUCUUCCAUAUUGUAUGGCCACCGAGUGCUGUUGCCGUCACUUGCAUGGAGGAGCAUUGAUUGCAUGAUUCGUCGCAUAAGGUGGCUGGCUUUGUAAAUAUAAAGGGGGCGGUAUCCAUGAGGUCUCCAUAUAUUGAAGCGACCCUUUUGACCAUCUCAGGGAACAGCUUGGCCAGUGCUCAUGGAGGCCAAUGGCGUAGGAAAAACAGCAAGAAGGUGCCACAUAUCUCGAGAAGAUAGUGAUGUGAAAUCUGUAGGUGAUUUUGGUGAACUUGAUCCAUGGACAGCUUGGGCAUACAAGCCACGCACAAUAUCUUUACUCCUCAUCGGGACAUGUGUAUUAGUUUGGGCUAGUGGAGCACUUGAUCCUGAAAGCUCAGCAUCAAAUGACAUUGUAACAUCUGUGAAGAGGGGUGUUUGGGCAAUGAUUGCAGUCUUCCUAGCCUAUUUCUUGAUGCAAGCACCUUCAACGGUCCUUAUAAGGCCGCACCCUGCCAUUUGGCGCUUGGUUCAUGGAAUGACUGUGGUGUACCUUGUUGCCCUCACUUUUUUGCUUUUCCAGAAUCGUGAUGAUGCUCGGCAGUUUAUGAAAUAUCUCCACCCUGAUCUAGGAGUUGAACUACCUGAAAGGUCAUAUGGAGCUGAUUGUCGUAUUUAUGUCCCUGAGAAUCCCAAAAGCAGGUUUAUCAACGUUUAUGAGACAUUAUUUGAUGAGUUUGUACUUGCUCAUAUUUUUGGAUGGUGGGGGAAGGCAAUAAUGAUACGUAACCAACCUCUUUUGUGGGUAUUGUCGAUUGGUUUUGAAUUGAUGGAGCUUACUUUUCGUCAUAUGUUGCCGAAUUUCAACGAGUGUUGGUGGGACAGUAUUAUUUUGGACAUCUUAAUCUGCAAUUGGUUUGGUAUCUGGGCAGGAAUGCAUACUGUUAGGUACUUUGAUGGGAAAACAUACGAAUGGGUUGGCAUAAGCCGCCAGCCAAAUAUCAUUGGUAAGGUCAAAAGAACAUUGAGCCAGUUCACACCCGCACGAUGGGACAAAGACGAAUGGCAUCCUUUGCUUGGACCAUGGAGGUUCAUUCAAGUGCUGUGCCUUUGUGUUGUUUUUAUGACUGUGGAGCUGAACACUUUUUUUCUCAAGUUUUGUCUUUGGAUUCCACCUAGAAACCCCUUGAUUGUUUAUAGGUUGGUUCUGUGGUGGCUAAUUGCUAUACCAACCAUCCGUGAGUACAAUACCUACUUGCAAGACAGAAAGCCUGCGAAGAAGGUUGGUGCAUUUUGUUGGCUUUCACUAGCAAUAUGCAUCGUGGAGCUUUUAAUCUGUGUCAAAUUUGGCCAUGGUCUCUUUCCCAAUCCAAUGCCCCCAUGUUUGAUAACUUUCUGGACGACCGUGGGUACAACCCUCAUGAUUUUUCUACUUGUUUGGUCUUGGCAGAUUCAUCAAUCGGUGACGAAAAAGAUGGUAUGAUCACAUAUUAGAUUCUCUGCUACCGGUUUAUUUUGCAUCUGUACAUAUGCCUCACAAUUGUAAAUGGCGUAAUUGUUGCCUAGUCUGGAAACCAGUCGGGCACGUAGAGGAUGUCUUUUUUCAUUUUCCUUGUUUUUGGUUCCGAUUCCUCUGUUAACGUUAUGUCUGCUUUUCUUGACCAUCACCUUUUAUGUAUCCAAUUGAACUAUGAGACGAGUUCAUACCCACAGAAUGAAAUGGAGUCAUCAUUUUAUGA